CAAAAAACAAAAAGAGAGCAGCGACUCCAUUCGAGAUUUCCCCCCUCCUCGAAUCCCCCCCCCACCAUUCCCGAUCCCAAUCGGCGGCGAUGGACUCCGCGGCGGCGCCCCAGAGCGCGCGCGGCACGAGCCCGUCCCGGCCGCGCACGAAGCCGCGGGGGCUGGAAGAGGAGACCCGCGCCGCGUCGCCCAACAGCAAGGCGGGGGGCCGCCCCUCGGCCGCGCUCCUCCACGCCGCCGACGUCCGGAUGGACGCCCGCGUCUGGGGCGCGCUCCCGGACGACCUCCUCGUCGAGGUUCUCGCCCGGGUCCCGCCCUUCCUGCUCUUCCGCCUCCGCUCCGUCUCCCGCCGCUGGGGCUCCGUGCUCCGCGACCCGGCCUUCCUCGCCGCCUGCGCCGCGGCGCCUUCCUCCCACGGCCCAUGCCUCCUCACCUUCUGGAGGGGCGGCGCCCCGCCGCAGUGCAGCGUGCUCAGCGUGCCCCUCCGCGCCCGCUACAAGCUCCCCACGGGGUUCCUCCCCGCCUGGGACCUCUGGCUCGUCGGCUCCUCGCACGGCCUCCUCUGCUUCUCCGGCUUCGACGGCCCCGCCUUCCGCACCCUCGUCUGCAACCCGCUCACGCAGGACUGGCGGGUGCUCCCGGACAUGCACUACAACCAGCAGAGGCAGCUCGUGCUCGCCGUCGACAGGAAGCGCCGCUCCUUCAAGGUGAUCGCCGCCAGCGAUGUGUAUGGGGACAAGACGCUCCCCACCGAGGUCUAUGACUCCAAGGAGGAUAGAUGGUCCGUGCACCAGAUGAUGCCCGCGGCGAACCUGUGCUCGUCCAAGAUGGCAUUCUGCGACUCCCGGCUGUACUUGGAGACGCUCUCGCCGCUCGGGCUGAUGAUGUAUAGAGUGGACGCAGGCCGCUGGGAACAUAUACCGGCCAAGUUCCCGCGGUCACUGCUGGAUGGGUAUCUAGUUGCUGGAGCUCGCAAAAGGUUGUUCUUAGUGGGGAGGAUCGGGCUAUACAGCACACUGCAGAGUAUGAGAAUCUGGGAGUUGGAUCAUGGUAGGACUGUCUGGGUGGAAAUAAGCAGAAUGCCACCCAAGUACUUUAGGGCACUGCUGAGGCUGUCUGCCGAGAGAUUCGAGUGCUUUGGGCAGGACAACUUGAUCUGUUUCACGUCCUGGAACCAGGGCAAAGGUCUUCUAUACGAUGUGGACAAGAAGGCUUGGUCGUGGAUUGCUGGCUGUGCAACUCAGUUGUGCAAUAGCCAGUUCUGCUUUUAUGAGCCAAGAUUCGACGCUUCGAUCUAUUGAUGGUGUCAAUGUGACCUGAAUUGUCAAGAUUUGAGCUCAGAUGGCUGCCUUUGUGAUGUUGCUGGGUGAAUAGCUCUUUUUUGAGCCUAUAACUUAAAACAUUUCUGGUACUUGACUUAAGCUUCCAAUCUUCUCAAGUCAUGCCUUGUAGAUCCGUCAGCAGUUAGAAGUAUCGUCACAGAUGGAGGUCCUCCUUUCCAAUUCCCAUUUUUUUUAGCAAACAUCAACUUGUAAAUGUGAUUUCCAUAUCUGAAAUGAAAGGAUCUUGUGCUAUAACGGGGGACAGGGUAUGUUCUUCUUAUCCAUGCAGUUCUGGCUAAA